UUUGCAGGUGUACCUAAUGUAGUGGCCACCAUUGUGGCUUUGAAACACACGCCGAGGUUCAGAAAAUAACGUCAAAUAACAGACAACUAUCAGAAUUUUCCAGGGAGUCUCCAUUACUCCUGCCGCCUCGGGGACUCUCGUGCGGUAUUUUAAUUGUAAUUACGAUGAUGUCAGAGUGUCCGUCCGCCCUAAUGACUCUCACGCAGAAAAAAAGGGAGGGGGGAAAAAAAAAAAAAACAACGAAGACAAGCCUACCAGCUUCCAUUUCAUUUGCUUGUUGCUUGAGCACGCUCCAGUCGCUGCUGCAGGCGAGACGCAAAAGCAUGCGCGUCCUCCCUCCUCCGCCGCUGCUGCUGCUGCUGCUGCUCGGCCAGCGCGCAGCAGUGAUGCGCGUUGCCGGGACAACGGCGCUGCACGGCUUCCGCGGCUGCGCAGUGCGAGAGUUCUCCUUCGUGGCCCAGAAGCCGGGCUGCAAGGGGCUGCGGGUCACCACGGAGGCCUGCUGGGGGCGCUGCCACACCUGGGAGAGGCCAGUGCUGGACCCCCCCUACAUCCACCGGCACCACCGCGUGUGCACGUACGCGCUGACCCGCUACGCCAGCGCGCGGCUGCCCGGCUGCCAGGCCGGCGUCUCGCCCCUUUACCACUACCCGGUGGCCGUGCACUGUCACUGCGCUGUGUGCACCACCCUGGACAGCGAGUGCGAGAGCUUCUGACGGCAGAGGGAGGAAAGCUCAUGUCCAUCGUGUGUGAUGCUCAUUGAAUUCAUGCAAAAAAAUAAAAAACAAAUGUUUUGCCUUCUUUA